CAUGAUUCCACAUGACGAUGGCGGCCCGGCGAAUCGUUGGGGUGGUCAUCGCUGCCGCGGCUGUGGCAUUUGCGGCAUGCCCCACAGCGCCUGCUUCUGGAAGAAUAUGCAACGGACGUGGAGAUUGCACUCCUCUCGGUGCAUGCAAGUGCGACCCAUCGGCGUUCGGCUUUGAUUGCUCCCAACUGCGAUGCCCAUCGGGGCUGGCAUGGUCGGGCGAUGCCGUUGGCAUCAACCAGAUCCACGUCAACGCCGAGUGUUCGAAUCGGGGUCUGUGCAACCGCGAGAAUGGCGAAUGCCACUGCGAUGUCGGGUUCACUGGUGCUUCCUGCGACAAACUGGCAUGUCCAAAUCAGUGCACCAACAACGGUCGAUGCGUCUCCAUGUCGCAGCUGGCGCUUUUGCGCAGUCCAAAUGAGCAAACUUACACAAGCGUGUGGGACGCCGAAAUGGUCUACGGCUGUCUAUGCGAUCGCGGCUCGGCUGGCGUGGAUUGCGAAUGGGCUACGUGCCCUUUGGGAGACGAUCCCAUGACGUUAGCCCAAGUCAACGAAGUGCAACUUCUACGGUGUACGGCGACGGCAGGUUCUUUCGUGUUGAAGUUGCGGGGCGAGUCCACGACAAGUCUCGCUGUCUCGACUACAGCUGCUCAAUUGAAGUCCGCUUUGCAAAAUGUGGCGCCGUUUGGAACCGUUCGAGUCACAUACUCGUUUGGGGCAACUCUAUGUGAUGCAUCCGGCCGCAACGUGGUGUCUGUCGAGUUUACAUCCGUCUUCGGCCCGCAACCGUCCAUGCUGGCCGUGACAACAGAGCGCGGGCAAUCAACAUUGACGGGUAACGUGGUCACUGGGGCAGGCGGGGCUGCGAUUGGGACAACAGUAAGCAUCCGGGGCACCAAGGAAUACGCUCCGUGCAGCAACCGUGGCUAUUGCAAUCCGAAAACGGGACAAUGCGCGUGUUAUAUUUACCCGAUGCCGGGGUUUCGAUCGAGCGACGGCUACGGCAAAGUGGGACAUCGGGGCGAUUGCGGGGCCCCGGAUAACACCAACUUUUACGGGGGGGCCAUCAAAGGAUGUCCCGGCUACAUUCCGUGCAGUGGCCAUGGGACGUGUUCUGGCGCCCCAUCUUUCACUUGCGCUUGUGCCGUGGGCUGGACCACCGGCGAUUGCUCGAUGCGCGAUUGCCCCAAGGGCACGUCGUGGUUUUCGCUUCCGUCAAGGACGAAUGAGGCACACACCGUGAGGACGACGUGCUCGGAUGGGGGCACGUGCGACCCCAUCACUGGGGAAUGCGAAUGCUUUCCUCCCUUCGAAGGCCCUUCGUGCAAUCUCAUGCAAUGCCCAAAAGGCGACAGCGUGUACGAGUGCAGUGGCCAUGGCAACUGUCUGUCGCUCCAAGCGCUAGCGCAGGCCACAAUGACACGCGACUGGACCCCCGCCGGGUUCUCCUAUGGCCUGGACUCAAACAGCCCGCACACGUGGGAUGCUCUGCGAAUUCAAGGCUGCCAAUGUGACCGCGGUUACAUGGGCCACGACUGCAGCCUGAAACGAUGCCCACAGGGAGACGAUCCUCUAACGCUCGAACAAGUGAACGACGUUCAAGCUUUUCAAUGCGCGGCCGACUCUGGCUCGUUCCAAUUGUCCUUUCGCGGCGAGUCGUCGCCACAGAUACCGUUCAACGCAAACUUGGCCGCAGUGCUGGCCGCGGUCCAAACCAUCCCGACCAUCACGGACAUUGUGCUUUCGUUUUCGCAACGUGGGGGCGGCGCAUGCGUCGGUGGUAACGUCGUGACGAUGACGUUUGUUCAAGAUUUUGGCAAUUUGCCCCGGCUGCAAGUCCUGGACCAAGGGCUGAGUUUGAAUGGGGUGACCAGGGCCGGCCAGACGAUUGUGACCAAGGUCCAGAACGGCACAAAAGAAAAUGCCGUGUGUUCGAACCACGGCGUCUGCGAUUAUUCCACGGGCGUAUGUCAGUGUGGAUUUGGCUUUGGCAGCUCAGACGGGUAUGGCCAGCCCGGGACGCGGGGGGAUUGCGGCUACCUCAAGCCAUGGCAGGUUGUUGUAAGUUAGCGAAAUACCUCGCCGACGAAGAACGGUUGUUUAGUCAGUACAUGUAGUAGUUAAUCGAUCGGGAUUUUGGACGUGUGGUAGAGCCGUGUCAAGAGCUGGCGACAAUGGACGUAUGGAUUGUCCAGCACCCGCUCGUCGCUAACGUCCUGCGCCUGCAGGUGGAGGUCCUUGAGCGCUGCAAAGUACACGUCCUUGUUGGUGCCUCGCACCAUCGACACUAUCAGCUCGGCCA